CGUCCCCCGCCUCCUCCCCCUCGUCCUCUUCCGCCGCCACAAGGAGUUGUGUGUGGGAGGGGGGGGAGGGGAAGUAGUAGAGGAGAGGAAAGUCGUUUCCGCCGGGGGUGGGGCCACCCCGCCGCAGCUGAGGGAAGAGAAGGUAAAGAGCGCGAAGGGAGAGCAGCCGGCCGAGUGAGCGGGGACAGCGGCGGCAACAGCAUGGCGGCGGCGGCGGCGAUCACCGACUCCGGUGCUCCCUUUCCCUCUCCCUCCCCCCCUUCGCCUCUCCUCUCCUUACCACCAGGCUCUCUCGCCUCACGCCGCCGCCAACAUGGAGCUCAUUACGAUCUUGGAGAAGACGGUCUCGCCAGAUUGCACCGAGCUUGAGGCAGCUCAGAAGUUCCUGGAACAGGCGGCCAUCGAGAACCUGCCCACUUUCCUUGUGGAACUGUCCAGAGUGCUGGCAAACCCAGGGAACAGCCAGGUUGCCAGAGUCGCAGCUGGUUUGCAGAUCAAGAACUCUCUGACAUCUAAAGACCCUGAUGUUAAGGCCCAGCACCAGCAGAGAUGGCUUGCAAUCGAUGCCAAUGCUCGCCGAGAAGUCAAGAAUUAUGUUUUGCAGACCUUGGGUACAGAAACCUACAGGCCCAGCUCGGCAUCACAGUGCGUUGCUGGCAUCGCCUGUGCAGAGAUCCCCAUGAAUCAGUGGCCUGAACUUAUUCCGCAGCUGGUAGCCAAUGUUACAAAUCAGCACAGCACAGAACAUAUGAAAGAGUCGACAUUGGAGGCCAUUGGCUACAUUUGUCAAGAUAUUGAUCCAGAACAGCUUCAGGACAAGUCUAAUGAGAUAUUGACAGCCAUUAUCCAGGGCAUGAGGAAAGAAGAGCCAAGUAAUAAUGUGAAGCUAGCGGCUACCAAUGCACUCCUUAACUCUUUGGAAUUCACCAAAGCAAAUUUUGACAAAGAGUCUGAAAGGCACUUUAUUAUGCAAGUAGUCUGUGAAGCAACACAGUGUCCGGAUACAAGGGUGCGAGUAGCUGCCUUACAGAACUUGGUGAAGAUUAUGUCCCUCUAUUAUCAGUACAUGGAGACGUAUAUGGGUCCUGCACUUUUUGCUAUCACAAUUGAAGCUAUGAAAAGUGACAUUGAUGAGGUAGCUCUACAAGGAAUUGAGUUCUGGUCAAAUGUCUGUGAUGAAGAAAUGGACCUUGCUAUUGAGGCAUCAGAGGCAGCAGAGCAAGGAAGACCACCAGAGCAUACCAGCAAAUUCUAUGCCAAGGGUGCACUCCAGUAUCUUGUCCCAAUUCUCACGCAGACACUGACCAAACAGGAUGAGAAUGAUGAUGAUGAUGACUGGAACCCCUGCAAAGCUGCUGGGGUCUGCCUCAUGCUCCUGGCCACUUGUUGUGAAGAUGACAUUGUCCCUCAUGUUCUGCCCUUCAUCAAAGAACACAUAAAAAACCCAGACUGGCGAUACAGAGAUGCGGCUGUCAUGGCAUUUGGAUGCAUUUUGGAAGGACCAGAGCCCAACCAGCUCAAACCCCUUGUUAUUCAGGCUAUGCCUACCCUAAUAGAAUUAAUGAAGGACCCCAGUGUAGUAGUAAGAGAUACAACUGCAUGGACUGUGGGUCGGAUCUGCGAGCUGCUCCCGGAAGCAGCCAUAAACGAUAUUUACCUCGCUCCACUGUUGCAGUGUCUAAUUGAAGGCUUGGGUGCAGAGCCUAGAGUGGCCUCCAAUGUAUGCUGGGCUUUCUCUAGUUUGGCAGAAGCUGCUUAUGAAGCUGCUGACGUGGCUGAUGAUCAGGAGGAGCCUGCAACGUACUGCUUAUCCUCAUCAUUUGAACUAAUAGUUCAGAAACUAUUAGAGACCACUGACAGGCCUGAUGGACACCAGAAUAACCUAAGGAGUGCUGCUUAUGAAGCUCUGAUGGAAAUAGUGAAAAACAGUGCCAAGGACUGUUACCCUGCUGUUCAGAAGACAACUUUAGUCAUUAUGGAACGGCUACAGCAAGUGCUCCAAAUGGAGUCCCAUAUCCAGAGCACGUCUGAUAGAAUCCAGUUCAAUGAUCUGCAGUCUUUGCUAUGUGCCACUUUACAGAAUGUCCUUCGUAAAGUGCAGCACCAAGAUGCUUUGCAGAUCUCAGAUGUGGUGAUGGCAUCUCUCUUGAGGAUGUUCCAAAGCACAGCAGGGUCAGGAGGUGUCCAAGAAGAUGCCCUCAUGGCUGUCAGCACCUUGGUAGAAGUUUUGGGAGGAGAAUUUCUCAAGUACAUGGAUGCCUUCAAACCUUUCCUGAGCAUUGGGUUGAAGAACUAUGCUGAAUACCAGGUCUGUUUGGCUGCAGUGGGCCUUGUGGGUGACUUGUGCCGGGCUCUGCAGUCCAACAUCCUGCCUUUUUGUGACGAGGUUAUGCAGCUGCUUUUAGAAAACUUGGGGAAUGAAAAUGUGCAUCGAUCUGUGAAGCCCCAGAUUCUCUCGGUGUUUGGUGACAUUGUUCUUGCAAUUGGAGGGGAAUUUAAGAAAUACUUAGAAGUUGUACUGAAUACCCUACAACAGGCUUCUCAAGCCCAAGUUGAUAAGUCUGACUAUGACAUGGUGGAUUACCUGAACGAACUGCGAGAGGGCUGUCUUGAAGCCUACACAGGAAUCAUCCAAGGGCUGAAAGGAGAUCAAGAGAAUGUGCAUCCGGAUGUGAUGCUGGUGCAGCCCAGAGUAGAAUUCAUCUUGUCGUUCAUUGACCAUAUUGCCACAGAUGAAGAUCAUACUGAUGGGGUUGUAGCCUGCGCAACUGGGCUCGUAGGGGAUUUGUGCACAGCAUUUGGGAAAGAUGUCCUCAAGUUGGUAGAAGCUAGGCCCAUGAUACACGAACUGCUAACUGAAGGAAGGAGAUCAAAGACGAACAAAACAAAAACGCUUGCUACCUGGGCCACUAAAGAGCUGAGAAAACUGAAGAAUCAAGCUUGAUCUGUUACCAUUGGGAUGACACCUGAGACCCCCACUGGAUAUCUCCAAUCUAUUGAGAAAACAAACCCAACCCGGAAGUGAGGAGUGUGCACGGAUGCUGAGUGUUUGGGAAUGAGAGGAUGAGUGAGUGAGAGGCUUAAAACACACCACGGUGAAAAUCCAGCCACGGCAAACGGCAGCAGCGCUGUUAAUGGAGCUAAUCACUGACUUGCGUAGCAACGAAACCUUGUCAUCGCUUGCCUCCAGGAAGUGGAAAAUGAUUGGUUUCCAUACUUCAGUGCGGUCUCUUCUGACAAGAGACAAAGGACUAACUUCUGUGUCUUGUCGCCAGUGAAGAGGGAGAGAGAGAGGAAAGCUAGCUUCAGGGUCAAUUUCGAGUGCUCAUAUAAUACGGUCUGGCUUUUGUUGCUGGAAAGAGGAGGCGGUGGGAACCCCAGCUCACCUUUCGGGAGGGGAGGGGAGUUUUUGGCCACUUGUCAGUGCACGAGAGAGCACGAGAGAAACGGGACGGGUGAAGGAUUUUCUUUCAAGAGUGAGUGUGUGUGAAUGAGGCGAUACCUACAUUCUCAACUUUUAAGUCAUUGCAGUUAAUCUUUCCCAAAAAAAAGAAGAAAUACUGAAGAGGUUAGCAGUUGCAUUUCAUAAAACUAACAAAGUUCAGUCUACUUGAAGCGGCAGAAGAGUAAGAGUUUAAGGGGGGAGGGGGGGAAGAGAAGUUGCUCCGUAAUAGGGCUUCUUUAGGGAAACGCUGGUGGGAUGUUCAAAGCUCCCGUCGUGACACUUUUUCACGAUCUUGUUUCAUUAAAAAGCGCCUUUCCUUCCUUAA